AUGGUCGACCAGACGUGCGACGUUGUCGUGGUGGGCGCCGGCCCUUCAGGGCUGAUGCUAGGAGCCAACCUGGCGAGAUUUGGAGUGAAGGCGGAGGUUCUGGACGAACGAUGCGACAAGACUUCGACCGGGCGUGCCGACGGGAUGCAACCCAAGACACUGGAGACGUUCAGGCAGAUGCGGCUCCUCGAACCGCUGUUACAGAAUGGCGUAAAGUUUUAUGACAUGACAUUUUGGAAUUCAGACCGGAGUCCUCUCCGGAGGACAGGCCGCGAGACGCAUUAUCCUUCACCUUCAAUCAUCGAUGUUCUCGACCCUUAUAUGCUCCUAGGGCAUCAAGGUAUGGUUGAGGAUGUGCUCUUGCUUGACAUGAAGUCGCAUGGUGUCGGAGUCACACGCAAUGCUACUUUCACGGAAUACAGUCGCCAAACGAAUAUCCGAGAGUCUAUCAACGUCGAGUACAAGGAUACUGCAACAGGCUCUAUGAGGCAUUUACAGACGACUUAUGUGGUCGGAUGUGACGGUGCACAUUCGAAAGUACGACGAUGCAUGCGCGACGCGGACAUGGUCGGAGAGACUAAAGACAUUAUAUGGGGAGUGCUUGAUGGCGAGAUAGACACAGAGUUCCCCGACCUCUGGAGCAAGGCUAUUGUGCACUCAGAGAAGCACGGAACAGUCCUCUGCAUCCCCAGGGAGCGCAAUAUGACCCGGCUGUACAUCGAGCUCGUUUCCACUAAUCAGAAUGAGAAGAUUACGAAGGCGGUGGCGAACCAAGACUUCGUAAUGACUUGCGCCCGGGAGAUCUUCAAACCAUACCAGCUCGAGUGGAAGACUAUUGAAUGGUUCGGGCUCUAUCAAAUUGGCCAACGAGUUGCCAACCGCUUCACGGAUGAGGUCAAGAGAGUAUUCAUCUGUGGUGACGCCGCUCAUACCCAUUCGCCCAAAGCUGGCCAAGGUAUGAACGUCUCCAUGCACGACUCCUGGAACCUCGCAUGGAAACUGAACCUCGCCGUGCGUGGCCUUGCUACUCCCGUCCUUCUGCCUACCUAUGAAGCCGAGCGCCGCAAAAUCGCGCUGGAUCUCAUUAACUUCGACAACGAGCAUGCUGCCGCUUUCUCCGCGGGCGACCCGCAGAAGCUCGUGGAGAACUUCGCAACCAACACGCGGUUCAUCAGUGGCGUCGGUGCGGAUUAUGACCAUGGCCCUCUGAAUGAGCAUCUAUCGUCAGCUCAGGUCACUGGCGACUGCAAGCCGGGGAAGCUGCUCACGCCCGCCAAGGUGACGCGCUAUGUGGACCAUAACCCGGUCGACCUGCAGCUCGAUAUCCCGCACUUAGGGCAGUUCCGGCGCGUCUCCGCUGCAGCUGGGGUGUCGUACAUGCGUCAGCCACGUCCUGCAGCAGCCCAUGAUGAAUUCUCGCGUCCUGAGCGGUACUUAGCAGCCGGCGAUCUCUUUACACUCGGUGUUGUCACUGCACAACCCAAAGACACAGUCGAGAUUGCAGACUUACCACCUCUGCUGCGGAAGGGCAGAUGGACGUUCUACUUGGAUAACGUGCCGGAAAUGGACACCAAGAAGAUGCGGUGCUUGGACAAGUGGGUGGGGGGCGUCGAAGAGGGUCAGGUUGGGAUCGUGAAUAUCCGGCCUGAUGGUUAUGUGGGCAGCGUUGCUAAGUGGGAUGGGACUGAAGAGGGAGGCAAAAGAGCAAUUAGCUGGCUCGAGAAUUACUAUCGCGUGUUCUUGCGAGAACCAUCGCCACUGAACGGGGCGAAGGUUUCUGCCAAACUGUAG